UUGGGGGUCUCCUCUCUCAGCCUCUCCCUGACCUUUUGGGGGUCUCCUCUCUCAGCCUCUCCCUGACCUUUGGGGGUCUCCUCUCUCAGCCUCUGCCUGACCUUUGGGGGUCUCCUUUCUCAGCCAUGGCUAACUCUGGGCUGCAGUUGCUGGGCUUUGUCAUGGCCCUCCUGGGCUGGAUCGGCCUCAUUGCUGCCACCAUCAUGCCCCAGUGGCGAAUGUCCUCCUACGCUGGCGACCAGAUUAUCACGGCUGUGGCCAUUUACCAAGGGCUGUGGAUGUCCUGCGCCACCCAGAGCACGGGGCAGAUCCAGUGCAAGGUGUACGACUCCCUGCUGCAGCUGGACGCGGCUCUGCAGGCCACUCGCGCCCUCAUGGUGGUCUCCAUUGUGGUGGGGAUUUUCGGGAUAGCGAUUUCCACCAUGGGCAUGAAAUGUACCAAGUGUGGCGGGGAUGACAAGACGAAGAAGGCGCGGAUCGCCAUGACCGGAGGCUUCGUGUUCCUGCUUGCGGGUUUGGCUGCCCUCAUCGCCUGCUCCUGGUACGGGAAUCAGAUCAUCCGGGAUUUCUACAACCCCCUGACGCCCAUCAACACAAAGUAUGAGUUUGGAGCCGGCGUCUUCCUGGGCUGGGCAGGCUCCUUCCUGGUCAUACUUGGCGGCGCUCUCCUGGCUUGUUCAUGCCCUCGAAGGGGCAGCUACGGAGCCAAAGGUUACCCAAAAGGUGGGGCCCGGUCCAAGGCACCGUCUACCGGCAAGGAAUACGUCUGAUCCCCGUGACCUGAAGCGGCCCCCUCGGACCCACUUCGGAAGGAGGCAACUGUGACCAUGGGUGGACUCGUAUGCUUCUGGGCAGAGGGACUGGUGGGAAGUGUGUAUGUGUGGGGGGGCGGUUCUGCUUGGCCCCCCAGCUCCGCCGAGGACUUGCCCGGCUCGUUGUGGCAGAUUACCCCACGCUCCUCUUGGAUCUAUAUAUAUAUAU